CCCGGCCCCCCCGUGUCCCCGGACCUGCGGCGGGAUGGAGCCCGGAGCUCGCCUGUGCCUCGCCCUCUGCCUCGCCGGCGUCCUCCCGGCCCCGGGCUGCCGGGGGGCGCAGGGCAGGUUAGCCUACAAACUGCUCCACGACCUCUUCGCCAACUACUCCAGCGCCCUGCGCCCCGUGGAGGACACGGACCGGGCGCUCAACGUCACCCUCCGGGUCACCUUGUCCCAGAUCAUCGACAUGGACGAGAGGAACCAGGUGCUCACCUCCUACCUGUGGGUCCGCCAGACCUGGCUGGACGCCCACCUCACCUGGGACAAGGACGAGUACGGCGGCAUCGACAGCAUCCGCAUCCCCAGCAGCUACGUCUGGCGGCCCGACAUCACCCUCUACAACAACGCCGACGAGCACUUCGGCGGCUCCAUGGAGACCAACGUGGUGCUGCGCUCCGACGGGCACAUCAUGUGGGACUCGCCCGCCAUCACCAAGAGCUCCUGCAAGGUGGACGUGUCCUACUUCCCCUUCGACGGGCAGCGCUGCCGCCUCACCUUCGGCUCCUGGACCUACAACGGGAACCAGAUCGACCUCCGCAACCAGCUGGACUCCGGGGACCUGACGGACUUCGUGGAGAACGUGGAGUGGGAGGUGCUGGGCAUGCCGGCCACCAGGAACGUCAUCACCUACGGCUGCUGCUCCGAGCCCUACCCCGACGUCACCUACACCCUGCUCCUGCGCCGCCGCGCCUCCUUCUACAUCUUCAACCUGCUCCUGCCCUGCAUCAUGGUCUCCUUCCUGGCGCCCCUGGGCUUCUACCUGCCGGCCGACUCGGGGGAGAAGGUGUCGCUGGGGGUGACGGUGCUGCUGGCCCUCACCGUGUUCCAGCUGCUGGUGGCCGAGAGCAUGCCCCCCUCGGAGAGCGUGCCGCUCAUCGGGAAGUACUACAUCGCCACCAUGACCAUGAUCACGGCGUCCACCGCGCUCACCAUCUUCAUCAUGAACGUGCACCACUGCGGGCCGGGGGCGCGGCCCGUGCCCCCCUGGGCUCGCCGCCUCAUCCUGCACCACAUGGCGCGGCUCUGCUGCGUCUACGAGGUGGGCGAGAGCUGCAAGAGCCCCCAGCGGGCUCUGGGCGGGCGGGCAGGGGUGGGGGACGCCGGGGGACCGGGGGAAAGCCCCGGGGAAGGGCGGGUGGGCACGGAGGCGCGGGGCUGCCCCUGGGACCACUGCCUGUGCCACCACGACGCCCUGCUGAGCAACGUGGGCUACAUCGCCGGCUGCUUCCGGCGCCACCGCGCCAACCAGCGCCGCACCGGCGAGUGGAAGAAGGUGGCCAAGGUGAUGGACCGCUUCUUCAUGUGGGUCUUCUUCCUCAUGGUCUUCCUCAUGAGCGUGCUGGUCCUGGGCAACGCUGCCUGACGGCUCUGCAGACCCAGCACGGCGACCCCCAGGGACGGCGUUGGCUGCGGUGCCCGGCGAGGGUGGCACAAACGGCCCCGGUCCCCCCGGAGCUGCAGGGCGGGAGCUGCACCAUCGCUGGGGAGGAGGUGCCCGACAGGGAGACCCCCCAGCUGCGGGGCCGAGGGGUCCCAGCCCCCGUCCGGCUGCACCAGAGCGGGCACCCACGGCCCCCUGAGCAUCCUGCACCCGAGAAACCCAGGAAACUGGAAAUAAACCAGUUA